AUGCCCCCGAAUUCGCACCCCGAAUACCCCCCGUUUCGCGUCCCACAAGCUCUUGCCGCGCUUGCGACUGCUACCUGGAACUGCACCCCCAUCCGCUGCCACCACACCUCCUCCUCGUUCUCUCUGCCGCUACUACUGCUGUGGGAGAGAGGUUCAGGGGGUGUGGGUGGUGAGAGUUCAACUGCAGCAUCAUCCGCCUCCUCCUCCUCUCAUCCCUUGCUGCCCGUGCCUUGCUGUCCACCCGUGAUUCUGCCCGUGAUUCUGCCCGUACUGCUGCCCGUGAUUGUGCCCGUGAUCAUACCCGUGUGCUGCCCGUAUUUUGGCCGUGUUCUGCCCGUGAUCCUGACCGUGAUUCUGCCUGUGAUUCUGCCCGUGUUGUCGCCCGUGAUUUUGCCCGUGAUUCUGCCUGUGAUCCUGCCCGUGUUGCUGCUCGUUCCCGUGCCAUACUGCCCGUGCCCACCCGUGUCUCCUGUUGCUGCCCGUGUUCUACCCGCGCCCAGUGUCCCCCGUUCUGCCCGUGCUGCCUGUUCUGCCCGUGCUGCCCCGUUGUGCCCGUGUUGCCCCGUUCAGCCCUUGUCCUGCCCCGUUCUUCCUGUGCAGCCCCGUUGUCCCCGUGUUGCCCCGUUCUGCCCGUGUUGCCCCGUUCAGCCCGUGUCCUGCCCCGUUCGGCCCGUGUUCUGCCUGUUCUGCCCGUGCUGCCCCAUUGUGCCCGUGUUGCCCGUUCAGUUUUGUCCUGCCCCGUUCUUCCUGUGUAGCCCCGUUGUCUGCGUGUUGCCCCGUUCUGCCCGUGUUGCCCCGUUCAGCCCGUGUCCUGCCCCGUUCGGCCCGUGUUCUGCCCUGUUCUGCCCGUGUUGCCCCGUUCAGCCCGUGUCCUGCCCCGUUCAGCCCGUGUUCUGCCCUGUUCUGCCCGUGUUGCCCCGUUCAGCCCGUGUCCUGCCCCGUUCUGCCCGAGUUGCCCCGUUCAGCCCGUGUCCUGCCCCGUUCUGCCCGUGUUGCCCUGUUCUGCCCGUGCUGCCCCGUUCUGCCCAUUUGUGCCCUACCCGUGCUGUCCGUACCCGUUCGUGCCCCACCCGGUCUGUGCUGCCCGGUCUCGUGCUGCUCGUCACCCCCGUGCGGCCCAUCUUGUACAGCACCUAG